AUGUUAGUUAAUGGGCCAGACUGUGAGCUAGGUGGUAGGUUGGGGGUUGUAGAAUCCAGAGUCUGUGACGCAUUGCAGCCUGUUGUGCAAGUGGGCGCAAGUCUCAAGAUUGAUUUGAGAACAGUGAGAGAUGAGAUUAAGGGAGGGAUUAAAAGAAUUAUUGAGGAUUUGGAAGUUGAUAGUUUGGGUGAGAAAGUGAAGAUUGAUUUGGGGGAGUUGAGGAAGAAGAUUGUGGAACUUAAAGAUAAAAUGGAUGGUGGUGAUAGUAUUGUUAAAACUGAGUUGGAUGCGCUUAGGAAGGCGAAAGGAACGUUGGAUGGUGUUACUGGUCAGCCAAGUGGUUCCAUUCACAAGGCUAUGAGUGAGCUUGACAGUAAGUUUAAGGAGCAGAUCCAAACUCCGCUUAGCCAAAAGGUCAAUGAUGUUGACACGGCGAUUGGGACGCUUGGAGGGAAUUUCGGUAAGCAUGAUAAAAAGUUACAAGAGAUUUUCGGGCAUAUUAAAGAAAAGGUUGGGGAGAUUAAGGGGAACGGAGGAAGCAAAAAAACAGGCGUAGAUGGAAUUGUCGCCAGGUUUGAGACGUACGUCACGGAGGUUGGCAAGAAUAUGGCAAAUCAAACGACGGUGCACAGCUGGCUUGACAAGAUUCUGACGCACAAUGGCGUGGUAGUCUAUAGGCUUGGAAAACUUGUUGACGAUAACAAGGGUAGUAGGCUGAAUGGUAAUUACAAUAGUGAGAAAGGAAUGCAUGACCCAAUUAAGGAGAAGACUAAAGCAAAGAUUCAGCAAGCCGGCGUUUAUAGAGAUGCUGAGAGUGAGUCCCCCGUAGAAUCUAACGGUCUCCUUACCGUAAUGUUGACGUCACUAAUGAAAUUGAUUGAGGCGUACGCCAGCGUGCUUGAUGAUAAAAUUAAUGUUGUUGGCAACAUCUUACAGGGUAAUAACAACGAGUUUGUCACUGAAUUAGUCGGAAUGAUUGAGAGAGAAAUUAAGAAUGGAAGCUCCCGCCCUGACAAAAAGCAUCUCACCCCCGCCGUCGAAGCAACUGUCGCCGCGCUCACCGCCAACGCCAGGCGGACCGCCGGGAAAAUCAAUUCGCUACUGCUCAGCGACAGCGGAAAUGUUGCAGAUAUGUUGGACCAUAUUACGCCUAUUGCUAAGAAACUAGAUACUGCGCUUAAAGGAGCAACUGAUCCACAACCACAAAAGCCUCCCACUGGCCAACCCGAAAGCCCCGCCCAAGCCGUGGACAGCAAGUUGGGUGAAGUGAGGAAAAUGGUCACAAAUGAGAUUACCGGUACCUUCACUUCCAAAGUCAAAAAAGAUCUUGAAGAUGCAGUCUCAAAACUUCCCACUGCCGUUGAGGGUUUCAACACUGAAGCUCAGAAGCAGAUCAGGGAAGCCGCCAAGACGGCGAUUAAGGAGGCGGCUGGGCAGUUUCAGACGGACGGUACUGGAAGCGAUAUUAGCGUGGAGAAAACGAUGCACAAAUUUCACCAAGCGUACGAUCCCAUAAAAAAGAACUUAAAGUCGGACCUUGAGCAGAAAGUUGAUGCGGAGUUGCCAAAUGCCGACGGAACAAAUGCAAGUAUUCAUGUGAAACUUGAUGAUACUAGAAAAUUUGGCGGAUAUAAUACUUACGUUAAACAAGAUAACGAUAACCUUAAAGCCGGUGAACUAACCGGUAAACCCGAUGCAAAGGAAGGCAUCCUUCCACAGGCGAUCGGGGACAUCAAGACUCAGGUGGACAGCGCCUUGAAUAUGAUAGAUCCACAAACCAACGGUGGGACAGCGACGAUUAACGAAAAAACCUUCGCCGGUCCGUUCGAUGAGAUUAAGAAAGAGCUUGACGAGAUUGCCAGGUUUGGUUGA